CACUAAAAAGCAAAAUUAGCAUAACAUGAAAUAAAACCAUGUCAUAAUGAUCUCUAAUCAUUACCAUACACGCACAUCGUUAUCAAUUUCAUUCCUAAUUGACCAAACAGAGAAUUUCAUGUAGCAAUCCCGCUAUCUGGAUAUUAUCAAAUUCGUAAUUCGUAAUCAACAUGCAUGACAUAUGACCUAACCUCCUUCGUUUUUAACAUUCACAUACCCGGUGAACAAGUGAAAACGAAAUCCAGAACGCAACAAUCACACAAAACAAGCGCUUAUCUCUAAUGAAACGAUAAUGCGCAAGUUAUAGUCACUGAGAUUCGCAAUAAACGCUCAUUCAUCAACAUGCUGUGCAGACGUGCGCUGCGUUUCCUCGCUCAGAAACCCAAAUCUCAUCAUUAUAAUAAGUGCGCACAAUUUAAUCUUUUACACACAGGUUGUGUACAACAGCGGAGGGGUGAAAAUCCUAUUCAACGUACGAUACGUGUGCUUGCCAAUGAUAUCAAGGAUGUCAAAGAGAAGUACAUCAAUGAAAUUGCACCAGCUGAGGCUUUUCCAAAUCAUGUUGAUAUUUUAAUCAUUGGUGGGGCUGCACAUGGAUCUUCAAUCGCAUAUUGGCUGAAAGAAAAAACUGGGUUGAAAGGGUUGUCUAUAGCUGUUGUUGAGAAAGAUUCAAGUUAUGCAAAAUGUUCAACAGUUUUAUCACUUGGUGGUUUGCGACAACAGUUUUCACUCCCAGAAAACAUUCAAAUGUCAGUAUUUGGCGCGGAGUUCAUGCGUACAUUAAAACAACGUUUCGGUAAAGAUGCCGAUGUGUUCUUCACACCAAACGGUUAUUUAACUGUUGCUAGUGAGAAUGGAGCACAGCAAUUGUUGGAUAAUGCUAAGUUACAAAAAGAAUUAGGUGCUGUUAAUGUUGUUUUAAGUAAAGAUGCUUUAAAACAAAGAUUUCCAUGGAUAAACACUGAUGACAUCUCAUUAGCAUGCCUAGGACUGGAAAAAGAAGGCUGGUUUGAUCCUUGGGCGCUUCUCUGCUUACUAAAACGCGAAGCAGUCCGCAUGGGUACGCAAUACGUCAACGGCAAAGUUGUCGCAUUCAACUUCACCGAACGUGAUGACAUCUUAAUCGAAGGAGCCGAAGGUGUUUACGAAGGCAUCAAUGAAGUCGUCGUUGAAUUACCCAACGGUGAACAUCGCCCAAUAAAAUUCGCCUACUGCGUGAUUGCAGCCGGUGGUGAUUCAGGAGAAGUCGGUAAACUAGCUCGAAUCGGUUCGGGUGAAGGUAUGCUCUCCAUACCUAUACCCGUAGAAAAACGUAAGCGUUACGUGUAUUGUUUCGAAUGUCAAGGCGACGCUGUGCCCGGUAUAAACACGCCUCUUACAAUAGAUUAUACAGGAACCUAUUUCAGAAGAGAAGGACUCGGCGGGACAUAUCUCGCUGGUCUUUCUCCUGAACCACAUGAGGAGCCUAGUAUAGAAAACCUCGAAGUAGAUCAUAAGUUUUUCGAUGAGCGCGUUUGGCCUGACUUGGCGCAUAGGGUGCCUGCGUUUAACGCGGUGAAAGUACGAAAUGCAUGGGGCGGGUAUUACGAUCACAAUUAUUACGACGAGAAUGGAAUUAUUGGCCCACAUCCGUACUAUCAUAAUAUGUAUAUUGCGACAGGGUUUAGUGGGCAUGGUAUUCAGCAAGCGCCUGCUGUUGGGCGAGCGGUUGCUGAGUUGAUUGUUGAAGGCGGCUUCCAGACGAUUGAUUUGACACGGCUUGGGUUUGAUAGGUUAAUUGUUGAUAAACCAAUGUUAGAGAAUUACAUUGUAUGAUAUAAUAGGUAAUUGGUAAGUGCUGGAGCGUUGAGCAAAUAAUUUUAGUUACCGUUGCCAUCUGUUUUGACUAAAAGCAUUAUUUAUAUAUUGUGAAUAAACGUGUUGAAUGUU